CGUAUGUACAGCAUGUUCCAGGCUCAGUUCGUGGACCUGCAACUACUGCUCAAGUACACCGUGGCUCUGGUCGAGGUGAUGGGGUUCCCGGAGGACAGGCCGAACCUCCUCACCUUCCAGCUCGCAUCAGGUGGCGUCAACCUGACCGCGGUCAGUCCGGACAGACGACCAGCCGUGGACGAAGAGGAGCUCCGGCAGCUGAUGGAGGCCGGACGUGCUGCCGUGCGGGCUUCCACCGAGCACUUCCUGAACAGCGAGUUUCGGGCUGCACUGCAGAGGGCCGUGGCGCGAAAGCCCAUGCCAAAGCCCUGAGCCAGGAUUCACCCCAGCGUCAGGCAACGCCCACACAAACGAAUGCACUUGCUGCUGGGCAAGCAGGCGCUGCUUCUGCAUGAAUUUUUUUUUUCACCAUUGCCUAUAGCAGCCGCACGCGAGCGUGCAGUAGACAUCAGUUUCAGUUUUCUUACAGAUUUCUGAUCUCGCUGUUUUAUUUUAUGCCACCUUGGUUGCUUUGUUGCUUUGGCACUGCGUUGCUAAGCACG